CGCCAAUUUUCAUCAUUCUCGGCGGUGAUUUGUUUCUGACGGGGCGCUAAAAAUGUGCCGACUCUGGUCACGAAUACUUUUCUUCCUUUUUGUAAAAGCUCGAAGUUAAUAAGGCACUCGUAGAGCACGAAAAAAGUUACCCUGUCGGCUACCCUUGAGCCGCGUAAUUUCACUGUCAAUGUGUCUGUUUAAUGCUUAUGAAAUCAACCAAUUCGGUAGUCCAUAGAGCAACAGAUUGGAGAAAAAAUAAUGAAGUAGAAGAGUUUCAGAAAAUAGCAAGAUAUCCUUUGAAACGAGAUUGAUUAAUGUAUCAUUAAGCCUAAUUGGCUGCAUUAGAAAAUCGAUAUUGUACCAGAUAUAAAAAUGUACUGUACAUUACUUACAUCAGAAUACAGUUCCAGAUUGAGCCCUAUUAAAAGAAAUAGAAACAUGCAAAACAUACUUCAAAUUGCUAAUUCUCCAGGAGUGAUUUAUACAGUUAUAAGUCUAUUAUGUUUCCUCGUAAUUAUAUACACAAAAAGCACUGUGUGUGAUUGGAUGAUGAAUUUCAAGGAGUUUAAUAUGAGAAGCCAACUGAAUGCUUAUUUAAAACUUUUAUCGAAAUUAAAAGCAAGAAAAAUUGGAAUGGACAUGAUAAUAGAUGAAACUUACGAUUACAAGUCAUCGAAAGGAUAUAUUACAAUGAACCUGAUUUUCAUGAAAUGGGUAUUUGUAUUUGAUCCGAAAUUUAUGAAAACGUUAUUGGAAGACGAUGAAAACAUUGAUAGACCUAUAAUGAAGCAUGCUGAUAAAGGUAUAAUGACAGAUUCAUUACUAAUCAGGUAGGUAGAAUUUUAAAAUGAUUUUUUAUAUUGAAUUACUAAUACAGUUCUUCUUAGAUAAAAACUACAGCUUAUUUAAAUAUGUGAUUGCUUUAAUUAA